UGAAGGGGGGCCUGCUCCAUCUGCAAGCCCAGCGGAUUUGUGUUAUGAACACACAACUUAGUUCGCUAGCAGCACAGCACCGCCGCGCGACACUUUCGGAUUCGUUGUGAGCGCGCGCGGCUCUCCGCGGAUGCUUUUCUCUCUGAUUCAACAAAUCUUUUCAGACUCUUGUCUCGUUUCUCUCAGUCCGAAAGCUCCACGGGAUAUGUCGAGAGGCGGAGGCGUUUCUCCUUCUACCCGAAGCCUCCCCAACUUUGGAGCCCGCUGACGCGCUAUGACAUGAAGCAGGAGCACACCUGUGGACGUCACUGAAGUUCCCAUCAAGAGGAGAACUUAAUUUCCUUGUUCCACUGAACACAUUCCCACUACGCCAUCUUGCUCGGAGCCGUACAGUGGGCUGGCCUGCUGUUUGACUGUCUUUCUGCUGCUUGUGAAACACUGCUGCCAUCAUGCAGACCUCAUCGCUCCGCCGGCAGAUGAAAAACAUGGUCAACAACUACACAGAGGCCGAGAUCAAAGUCCGAGAGGCCACCUCAAACGAUCCCUGGGGUCCCCCUAGCUCACUCAUGUCUGAGAUCGCAGACCUGACCUUUAAUGUAGUAGCUUUCACAGAGGUUAUGGGUAUGAUUUGGAAGCGGCUCAACGAUCACGGUAAAAACUGGCGGCAUGUUUAUAAGGCUAUGACACUGCUGGAUUACCUGAUCAAAACAGGCUCUGAGCGUGUCGCCAAAGAGUGCCGGGAGAAUAUAUACACCAUCCAGACACUCAGAGACUUCCAGUACAUAGAUCGAGACGGACGAGACCAGGGCAUCAAUGUGAGGGAGAAGGCCAAGCAGCUGGUUUCUCUGCUUAAAGAUGAAGAGAAGCUAAAGAGGGAGAGGAGCCAAGCACUUAAAACUAAGACACGCAUGGCCGGUGUUACCAGUGGUCUAGGCUCUGGAUCCAUGCCUCCUCCUUACCCAGGGCGUCGCACCAGCCAGCCCAGCUCAGCGGGAGGUUAUGGGGAUGAAUUUGGCAGGUGCAGAGGCUCACCAUCCUCCUUUCACUCAUCCACUUCUUCACCUCGACUUGCCCCAGACAUGGAGCAAGCUCGUCCCUCGACCAGUGGAGAAGAGGAGCUGCAGCUGCAGCUGGCCCUGGCUAUGAGCCGAGAAGAAAGUGAAAAGCCGCCUCCCACAGUGGACAUGGAUGAACAGACCCAGCUCCAGAUCGCUAUGAGUCUCAGUAAAGAGGAGGCCAAGAAGUCUCCUCCCCGAUUGAAAUCCCCACAGUCAGUCCAACGUGUACCUCCAACUAUGGAUAUGGACGAGGAAACCCAGCUGCAGUUAGCCCUGAGUCUGAGCAAGGAGGAGCACCAGCAGGAGCAACUCAGUCGCCAAGGAGAUGAGUCGAUGCUUCAGAAGGCUCUGGAGGAGAGCAAACGUGAGAUGGAGUCUAAAGGCGGGACGGCCUUUAUGGACCUGGUAGAUGUCUUUGCAGUGCCCUCAGACCAACCUCCUGUUGACCGGUGGAGUAAUGCCCCACAUCAAGCAGCUGCACGUGUUGGAGGAGCAGACCCCUGGGACUCCCUGGAAGGAAGCACCAGCACCUCCAGAGUGGAUCCUCCCUGGAUGGCACCACCAACUUCCAACAGCCCCCCUCCACCGUGGGAGCCACCAGCAGACCCCUGGGAUGACCCGCAGAGCAGUGUCUCCAACGCCAAUGCUGCGGGCAAAGUGUGGGCUUUCCCUGCCGACACAGCCUCUGGAGUCGAUCCAUUCUCAGUCCCAUCAGACAGACCAGCACUCAGAGGAGCUGCCAGAGAGCCAUCUCCGAGAACAGGAAGUCCUUCAGAUGGGGAUCUAUUCGAUGAAGCCAUGGAUGGAGGUCAGAUGGGUGUGAAUGGGCGAGGGGUGGACAGUCCUGAGCUGUUUGACCUGUCACGUCUUGGAGAAAGCCUUGCUGCUCCCAGCCCGCGAACCUGCCGGACACCUGAGGCUUUCCUGGGCCCUGCAGCGGCUUCUUUGGUGAAUCUGGACAGCUUAAUCCCAGCAAAUCCUUCAGCCAAGAACAAGAACCCCUUUCUGUCAGCUCUGAGUGCUCCAUCCCCCAACAAUCCAUUCCAAACCGAGCAGCCAAAACUAAGUCUGAAUCAACUGGGUGCGGGCUCCACUUCUGCAGCUCCCAACGCUACUUCACUCCCAUACAGUGCCUCCUUGCCUCUGCCUAUGAGCCAUCAGCCUGCCAGUCUCCCUUCGUCACUCACUCACCCCACCCAGCCUGGUCUGGAGCUGCCAGGGAACCUCCCUGAGCCCUUAAUGCCCUUCUCGUCGGCCAGCGCUGAGGGAUCACUUGCUACUCAGAGCAGUCAGAACCCUUUCUUAUGAGGACCAACAAAACUGGGAAACAUGUUAGAUAAAAGGGGGAAUGCCUUCAGUUUAUGCUGAUGAAAUAUAACUCCAACUGAAGGCUGAACUGCAGACCCAAGGACCUUUAUGAAAGCCCUGUUCUUUGUCAUUUUUAUAAUGUGGCAUAACACAGUAACCCUUAGAUUGAUUCAAGCUGCUCUUCACUGCAACAACCUUUCCUGCUCCUGAUGUCAUGAAUGCAGUAAUGUGAUAUAAAAAGGGAUGACACUUUUGAAUCAGAAGCUACUAGUGUCACUGUUUUCAAAAUACUUUCCGUGGCAUAUUGUGAAUUGACUUUGGAUAAAAACUCACACAAAAGCACAGUUUGAUAAAAAAAAAAAAAGAUUGUCACUUAAUAUCAAAGAAACAUGUAUUAUAGCAUUUGUCACCAAGUCUCCUGCUCACUCAUGAUUGGCUUAGCCGGUCAAUGCUGCUGUCAUAUACUCAAAAAACAGGAACGUGUUUUUGUAAUAAGACAGGAGAUGGGAACCUGACCCAUUUUUCAAAUGUUGCUGUAUCAGUGAGGUGAACUUUGUGAGGAUUCUGAUGGACCAGAUCUUAAGAGGAACAUAGGGGUGCACAUGAUUUUACCAAAACAAACUGAAAUGCUGGGGUUAACUGAAUGAAAUUAUAGUUUGGGAAGACUGUUCUUUUGAAUUUACAAUAAUCAAGACAAUAGAAAAUGUAUGAAUCAUAAGUUUAAUUCAUUGCUUGUGAAACACUGACUCUCAUCAAAUAUAAGGGUAUAAUAAGAACAAUGUUUCAUUCUUCUGUUGGUUUCACUUUGGUUGUAUUUUUCAUCUUCUGUCAUAUCAAUGCCAUUAAUAUGAAGUCAUCACAUCCCAAGCACACACCCAGUAACAGUUACAGUUUUUUGUGCACUUUAUGCCCCCUUCUGGUCAUGCAUCAUUACUAUUAUGCCAAAAAAGUUGCAGAAAUCAGUUGGAAAUGCCAUGCACUGCAAACAUGUUUAAUUUAUAAGAC